GGAGGAUCAUGUGGACAAUGAAGCGCUUUGGAAUGACAGCCAACGGGACGCGCGCGCAAGCGCAUCUGACGUGAGAUUCCAGAUGCAAAGCCUGCGCACAAAUCUCAACCGGUCCUGACAUCGCCAAAGCGUCCCCGGUGAACCAUCGGCGAUUGGUCGGAGGCGGAUACGCGCGGCGCCAGACAUCCAUCGCAUUGGGCGAGGUCGACGUCGAUCAAGGCGAAAUCUCCUCCCCUUUCAGCAGGGUCGGGUGCGAGCGGAGCAAGCCCACCCCGAGCACCUCCAGCUGGCCAAACAGAAGACGCAGGAGGAGUAGAGGGCUCGGACAUGGGGAGGAGGAAUCAGCACUGGCCCGUCUGAUAGAGAUCGGUGUUUUCUUUUUUUCUUUUAUUUAUUUGGGGUAAAAAACCGAGAGGCCUUAGAGAAGCGAACGAACGGAGAGGAGAGGAGAACCCAUCCCUUGCACAAAGCUGGAAAUAAAUCAAUGGACUGAAUGAAGACCGCAUAUGACGCCUAUCGAUGCCUGGCCAAGGAUUUGGAUGCGUACGCCAUGAACCAAGAGAUGACAAUGGACAUUGGCACCCUACACGGCGGAUUAAGCCACGAGCAGGACUUGAUGAGCAGCCACGGCUCGCAUCACAAUCGUAACGCGCCGGGGGCUUCUUUGCGGAUACACCAGGACCUGAGCGUGGCAUCGUCGCGGUCCGCCAUGGUGUCCAGUAUGGCAUCGAUUCUGGACGGCGCCGGAGGAGAGUACCGUCCGGAGUUGUCUCUCCCGCUCCAUCACGCCAUGAGCAUGCCGUGCGACACGUCUCCACCCGGGAUGAGCGGUACAUACACCACGCUGACCCCGCUCCAGUCGUUACCGCCCAUCUCCACGGUGUCCGACAAAUUUCACCAUCCGCAUCACCACCACCACCAUCACCACCAUCAUCAGCGUCUCUCUGGGAACGUGAGCGGGAGUUUCACUCUCAUGCGGGACGAGAGAGCUCUACCGGCCAUGAACAACCUCUACAGCCCCUACCACAAAGACAUGAGCGGGAUGGGUCAGAGCUUGUCCCCGCUGGCCAGCAGUCCGCUCGGCAACGGCUUGGGCUCCAUCCACAACGCCCAGCAGACGCUCCACAACUACGGAGCGCACGGGCACGACAAGAUGCUGAGCUCCAACUUUGACGCCCACACUGCCAUGUUGGCCAGAGGGGACCAGCACCUCUCCAGAGGCCUCGGUGGCCCCGCGGGGGGCAUGAUGCCCCAUUUGAACGGAAUGCACCACAGCGGGCAUCCGAACCACCCUCAAUCCCACGGGCCCGUGUUGGCUUCCGGCCGGGACAGGCCGCCCUCCUCCUCCUCCUCGUCGCUGACUCCGGGCGCCGGCUCGGGACAGCUCGAGGAGAUCAACACCAAAGAAGUGGCUCAGCGCAUCACGGCCGAGCUGAAGCGCUACAGCAUCCCGCAGGCCAUCUUCGCGCAGCGGGUCCUGUGCCGUUCGCAGGGAACCUUGUCGGACCUGCUGCGCAACCCCAAACCCUGGAGUAAACUCAAGUCGGGACGGGAGACGUUUCGGAGGAUGUGGAAAUGGUUACAGGAGCCCGAAUUCCAGAGGAUGUCGGCCCUUCGGCUUGCAGCGUGCAAACGAAAGGAGCAGGAUCCCAGCAAAGACAGAAGCAAUACACCAAAGAAAUCGCGGCUGGUCUUCACCGACCUGCAGCGGAGAACACUUCUGGCCAUCUUUAAAGAAAACAAACGUCCGUCCAAAGAAAUGCAACUGACCAUCUCACAGCAGCUGGGCCUUGAACACAGCACUGUUAGCAACUUCUUCAUGAACGCCCGCAGACGCAGCCUCGACAAGUGGCUGGAUGAGGGAUGUCCAGUGAACACGUCCACCUCCAGCACUUGUACCAAAGCGUGAUCCGGGAGAGACGGGGGGAGGGAGGCGGAGCGCGGGGGUCCCGAGGGGGUCUGGCGCUCCGGGGAGGGUCGAGGGCGGAAAGAGACACUGCUUACUGGCUGAUGUUGACCAAAGAGCGUUAAUCCAAAAAACACUGCCUGCCUGAUAACCCUGAGGUACCUCACGUUCUCUUCUUUACGCAAAAACGAUUUGUUAUUCAAACCAAAAAUGAUCCACAAUGACUGUUUGCACCUAAAUCACUCAAAGACUUUUCCGUUCCGAAGCGAGGUGAAUACCGAAGGGUUUGGCACGGUUUACAUUUCACCCAUACUUCACCGUUCAAAUUGUGUGUUGAGAAACCGCUCAAAGCUUCAAGUUAAAUUAGAAACUUCAGGAAAGCAUGUGAAGGGUUAAGUCAGCACUGCGUCGCCGGUGCGCUUUAACCUCUCUAAGCUAGUCAAAACCGCAAAAGCACAAAAGUCGGUAAUCUCACACUUCAAUAAACGUACAGGACGCACGCACGCGCGUGUCAUCGGCCGGCCAGGUUCGGGAGCACAAUCCUGAAGCACAUUCAAUUCGCAAUAUAACAGCGGCUGGACCACACCGAUGUUCUUCAGUCUUCACAAAAUAACUCAGGAUGAUAUUUGUACGAUACUGAACUGAAGAACAUUCAUCUCACACACACACACACACAUCUGCGUUCCGCUAAUAAACCAAACGCAGGCAUUGCUUAUCAGGGCCUUUACAAGAGUACAAUCUCAACAUCAAUGCCUGCUAUCCUUACUCUGCAAAGACUCACAGGAAGACAGGAAAGACGGUGUUUAGUCCGAGCAUCCAUUUUCCACUUUCUCACCCAUAUUUCAUUUCUUAUUCAACCAAAGCCAGUAAGCACUUCUCUCUCGCGUCUGCGUGAGGGCCAAAGGCUUUUCGGAUCACUCGAAAUGGACACUAAAGACUUUUUCUAUUUAUUGACAAAUCGACACCAAAGAAACUUUUUCUGCACCUACUGUUCUGCAAACAACACAUGUUCGAAGGACAACAAAGGAACAAACCAAAAAUAACCAAAACUGAACAACGAACAAAGACAACGAAACGACAAACGUCUUUGUUUUGCGUCCGCACGCGUGGGACAGUGGAAGCAGAAUGGGAUGGAAAGGGUUUGAAAACGGCGACGGGCGGCGGAAUCGAUGCGUCUCUCGAACAAAGCUGAAGAUUGUCUUUAAUGUGUGCCUAUGCAGUUUUUUUUUGUCAAGCGAAACGGACUAAACUUAACCUCGUCAGCUACAAAACCAAAGAUUCAGAAUGUUCCUCCCGCCUAAACAGGUCCAGUGAUGCGAAGCGGUGGGGGGGUCGGCUCUCUCCAAACAUGGGACGUCAAGGGUUCAGCUCUUUGACUAUACCUCGGUUCUCCAUCACGUCACUGCUAUCAAACUAAAGGUGUAACUCCGCCUGACAGGGCAGACCAAAGAUAAACACCUUAGAGCACAUGCAAUCUCACCAUCAUCUCACCAUAAACCUCUGGUUCUGGACCUCCCAUGUUUGAGGAUGCCGCAGGGUUUCGAAGGCACCGCUUCACGGUAUUCCACCUGUAAAGCCAAUAAUCUGCCAAACGUCAACUGUAGACUGUAGGUCCAAUAGCUUUAUCUUUCGUUCUCUCUCUCGCUCUCUUUAGAGCUUCUAGUCCAAAGAUUCUCCAGUCGUUCUGGAGCUUUCAUCUGCUUACUGAUACAGAGUCAGGUCUUAAGAAACACGGGCCAAAGAGCUUCUCUUCGCUUGUCUUAGUACUUACGUUUUGCAAACGUUUUUCCCAGGUUUCGCAAUAUGUGAUUUUAUUUAUGUAAUUUAUAUUUGUUGUAAUUCUGCCUCAUUUAAAUUGCCAAAACGUUCCCAGAAUCCCUUGACUAGCUUGCCAAAGUUUACGUUUUGUUUGUCUUUGCAUCGUCGUCUUUCGCGACUUAUUUAUUUGCGACCGGAUGCCGAGUUGUUUUCUUUCCAGCGUAAUUGUUAUUUAAUGUUAUUUAAUUAGAUGUAAUUGUUUGCAAUGACUAUUUAUGACUAUUAGCGCAUCGAAGAUGCAAGAGGUUAAUUUAUUAGUUAGCUUUACUUUAAAAAGCGACACAAAUGGGGUGUGUUUAAUUUUUCUUAGAAAGAAUCAUUCUGUGUGCUAGCUGUCGGGUUUUAGUUUGAAUUAAGAAAUUGUUUGUCUUUUUGUUGAUUUUAUUUUGUUUGUUGAAUGAUAACGAUCUGUUGUAUGAUACACGGACUGCAUCAGGGCUUUUGUUUCUGAGCGGGCCGAUAUGAUGGCAGACGGUACGAGGCCACACGUUAACAGAGAUCAACGCAGAACGCACCAAAGAUCAAACCCGCCGAGGGCGUCUCUUCUCUUUGCUUCACUCAUAGAAGGACGUAGAGAAAUCCCUUAAAAAACUAGAAGAAGCUGCUUCCAAGACUGACUUGUGUGUGUGUAAAAAAAGUCUUUCUAUCUCUAUAGUGAGAACCACAGAGGCUACCUCACUGAAUUUUCCAUUUGUAAUUUUAAUCGUGUUGAUGAAACCAAAGAUACCAAAGAUUUCUUUUUCUCGAGUGCGGUCUGCGCCGGACGCCAUGCUUUAGAUAUUUUGAUAUUCCACUGUAUUCCCUCUUUCUCUCUGUCCCUUCACAUGUAGUGUUGCAGAUAGUUCAGAAUGUAAAAGACCCAGAUGCAAAAACACCCACAAACAAACAAAUAUCCGUCUCGUCUGGCACAGAAACAUUAACAUUAACCCAGUCCAAAAGGACACUGGAACGGAUGCAAAUAACCUGAACAUUUCUCAUGUUUGUUCUGGUCAAAGUUGAACCAUUACCACACAAAAACGCAGUGUUCAUGUAGAUGAGGUGUGUGAGUUAAUGAUAAACGGGUGAGUUAAACAGUUCCUCAUCAAACAUCUGCAUAACAAAUGCUAGCAUUGCUAAGCGUCCCACGUGAAACAAAAUCUUUCAAAAUAGUUUAAUAUUAAAUUGUAGUAAAAGUGUUUUUGAACCGUACCACAGCAAAAGGAAUAAUCCAUGGCUAGCCGUGCAUUAAAGGAUUUUAUUGCAUGACGUGGAGGCAAAGAAACACCCGAUGUGAAGCACAUUAAAAUGAUUUACUGCACGCCUAGCCAUGGAUUAUACCGCUUAUACCAUGGUUAUUUGCCAAGGUAAAGCUUUUAUUGAUAUUUACAGUGUAAUUUUAGAUCAAACAGGCAAAUAUGACGGUUACUUUGUCAGUUAAUUCUAAAUGUAAUCAAACUGACUGGAACUACCCAUGCGUUAAAGGCUUUUAAUGCACACCUUCCAGCCAAUCCAAAUACAGUAUUCAAACAGACCAUGGUAUAAUAAAUAUUAAAGUACACUACAGUAUUUACAACAAUUGAUCAAUUCAUUAUAAUUAAAUACUACAGAAUACACAAGAGUUAUGUUAACCACAGUAAAUACUAAAGUAACUACAGUAUUGUUCACGAUGUGUAUCGUCCUCGGUUUAGUUUUUGAGAAACUUUACUGACGAUCAGACACCAGCAAAGCCGCCAUCUCGAUUCUUUAAAGCAUCACCCGUACUGUUUUUACUCAUCUCAUAUAAAUCUCUUUAAAGUAAGCGACAAUGUACAGGCAGCCGGACAGUGUUAUCAGAACCCGACGUGAAGCGGAUAACAUUUCACGAUAACACCCGGCUGCUUGUACAUUAUCGCGCUUAAUACACGGUUACUUGCCACAUGGAGAAAAAAAACUGGAAAUGAAAUGUGAAUUUGAAAUGCUUCAUUAGCUAAUUUUUACAGAAUGGAGCCUUCCGCGAGGGAAAGUCAUUUAAUUUCGGUUUUAACGCCACGAACGGGCAAUUCGGUUUAAUAAUUUUUACAAUAUGUUAUUAAAAGACAUAUUUAUAUUUAAUUUGUCAAAAAAAACCCUGUCAAAAUGAUUUGCUGCAUCCCAGUUAUCGUGUGUUAUUAGUUUUUAGAGGUAUUUAUCUGGGAAUAACGAACCUGCUGCGACUGGCCAAUCAGAAUAAAGCAUUCCAACCAGCCGCGUAAUAAAAGUAAAUAAAACCUGUGUUGAUGUUUCUGUGCACGACAGACUAUAAAACCAAAGAACAAAGUUUGACACCGGACCAGACUUGAAGAAAAACACGACAGAUGAAUCCAAACUGAUGCAGAUCACCACGUCAUUCCUGAUGUUAAAAACAAUUGUUUUAUGAAAUGUCACGUGAUCGAUUAGGUCAGUAUUUUAAUGCGUUUCUGUCGCGAGUAUAUUUUUUCUUCCAGAGAACGCUUUUGUUGCAAAGUAUGAGAUAUUGUUGGAUGAGUGCCUUGCUUGAACCAAAGCGAAGUUUUGACCUCUGAAUCUUGUGUUUUUACCUCAGCGACAGGACGAUACGGUGCUUUGCAAUGCAAUCGUGCAAAGAACACAUACGAAAUAUACCAAAGGCUUUCUUACACUUCUGUCUCUCUCUCUUUCUCUCUCUCUCUCUUUCGAAUGGUCGCAAAGCUUUAAAUAAAACGCCUGAGGCAUGUCGACGCGCAGACCGCGCUUUUCUUACCAAAUUUUUCUCGGAUAUACCUCAUAGAAUAUAGUGUUAGGGUAUUGAUAUUAUAGCGUAUGUAUUAAAUUAUUCACGUACUCUUAUUUUUAGUAACUGUGACUUAAACGAAGAAAAAAAGCUUUAUACAUGUUAAGUUGUGAUUUUUGUAAUAGCUGAGGUUCGCUUACCAAAAACACAAUGCUUGUCUUUUUCUCUCUUCGUGUGACAACUUUCACACGUGUUUGUGGUGCAAGAUUAUUUGUUCAUGAAAUGCUGAUUCGUUUUGUUCUUUUCUUUUUUUUAUGAUGGAAGGCUCAUGUUCUUCACGCGGCUGUUAUUUUUAGAUUGGUUGUUUGAAUGAGCCUGAGGUUUACAAUGUUCAUACUAAUGUUCAUACUUCCAAAGAACAAGCAUCACGUCUGUUGUACAGUUCACAUCGACUUCGUUUACGUCAUCUGUUUGUCUUUUCUUUCUCGUCACGUGCGUGGAAAUGCAGAAUUCCAGCGUCCGCCAUUUUGAUUUGUGCAUGAGCGUCUGCAAGUUUUCUUGCUUGUGGUGUAAUGCGUUGUCUUUCAUUACCUUUCUGUUCAGGAUCAUCUCAUUUUUGCAUGUUAGCCUCAUGUCAUUCCUGCUCAAAUGUGUACAGAAACACCGAUCAGAAGGGUUUAUACAGUUUUUUAGUUGUGUACUGUGUAAAUUAGUGUAAGUGAAUCAAAUCAACCCGAGUCAAACUGAAUCAAACUGAUAUGAUUCUAUACAAAUGAACCUUUUUCCUGAUUUGUUUGGACACUGGAUUCAAAAUUCACACCUAAAUUGGACAGGUCAUAUAAAUGGCGUAAAACAAAACAAUCUUGGUGGUUUCUAGUUUUCAUUUACAGUUCUCCCACAGGAUGAAAUCUAACAGACAAUCUAAACAACCUCUUUUUUGACUACUAACCACAUAGAUUAUGUAUUAUUGAACAUCAGGAUCCAAAGCAUUAAGAUUCUUAAUGAAAGCCGUCUGGAGUUGUGUGAUUUUAAAUGAAGUCAACCUGAGGUCUUUCCAAAGAAGUGGAUGUAAAGUUUUGACCCAGUGACAAGUUAUGGAUUGUAUUCCAAACAUCUAUUUUUUUACGAAAUGCAUUGUUUUCAUUUCAUUUUCAUUGACAUUUUCUUCACUUGUUGGAUCCUAACCGUGUUUAAAAGGAUUAUUGAUGUUGGAAUCAAACUUUUAGUUGUGCAUUCAUAAUCAAACAAACAUUCAUGUUCUUCCACAAUAUGUUUGACCGUAAAUAAAGAGAAGAUGUGAUUUUAUUCUUCAACUUUUUGCUUUCAUGAAUCGCAACAAUAAAAUCUGUCCUGUGAUGUAA